AUUUUUGACAAAAAUCUGUUUUUUAUCAAGCUAGCACAAUGUAAGUACACAAAACAUAGUGUCAACUAAUUGAAACUGCAAACAUUAAUAAAUCGCAGAUUAAUAGUAUGAAAAUUGAAACUAUUUUGUAUAAGUUAAAUGAAUAUGGAUUCUAAUAAGAAAACUGCUCACUCUGACAGAAGUGCCAAUUUUGAUGAUGCAGAGAUUAAACUUUUGCUGGAUCUAAUUAUAAGAUUUAAAUCUGUAAUACUAAACCGCAGCACAAAUGGAAGUACAAAUUUGGCUAAAGAAAAAAUAUGGCGACAGUUAACAACACUAUUUAAUAAAGAAAAAAUAAAUGUGCAUAGAAGUUCUGAUCAUUUGAAAACAAAGUGGUUCAAUUUAAAAAGAGAAGCAAGGAGAAUACAUAAUAAUUCACCGAGUAAAAUGAAUGAUGUACACAAACAAGUUAUCCAGUUAUCAUAUGAAUCAGUCAAUGACCCCAGUCUUCAAAUAGAAAUCUCAGAACAGGCAGAACAGGACAUAUAUGAAGUUCCAGACUUGGAAACCGAGGAGGUACUGAAUGAUAACACAGAUGAUAAAUUAUUGGAUGAUAACGUCAGCUCUUCUCAGUCUGAUAUUGAUGACGAACAACCGUUGAAGGAUAGGGACCGCUGCUACAAGAAACGCAAUGGAAUUAGAAAGAAGUCGAUGAAUUUUUCAGCACAAGAGUGUAGUCUUCUUUUGAAAUUGGUUAAAGAGGAGAAACAUAAUCUCUUUCUUGCGGGUAUGUCAAAGGAGGCCAUAAGAAAGAAGUAUUUAGCUUGGGAGAGGGUAGCAAAAAGGUUUAAUGCAAUCAGUUGGAAAAAGAGGCCAGUUCAAGUAUUAAAAACAAAACUUGAGAACAUGAGGAGACUCAAUCGACACAAAAUUAGAUUAAGUACAUCCAACACAGAACACGAGGAAAAGGAACUGUCUGUGAAAAAUGAGCCAAAUGUAGAGUACAAUAUAGAGUGCAGUGAGUUCAGCCAAUCCAUGGAUGAAGAUAGAAUAAAUGAACCAUCACCCAUACCUAAUGAUAUGGACCCGCUCAGAUUUGUUCUCAACUCGGAUUCUGGACUAGGGUCAACAAGUAUUUGUUCUCAAAAUGAUACGGACCUAAUUAAAUUGAAGAUGGAUUUAAUCAACUAUCAACUAGAAACUGCGAAACUGGAGAGACAGCGCGUAGAAGACGCUAUAAGGGCAGAUAAAGAAGAACAAGAUUCUCGGGCGAUUGAAAACUCGUUGCGCCUGCGCACAGCGAGGCUGAAAGCUUUAGCUGCUGAAAGGAAAUUAAACGAAGAUCAUCAAAGUGCUUUAGGAUACACAGAACAAGAAGUAUUAGCCAUGGAAUAUAUAAAAAUGUUUCCGAAAGUUACUUAAUAAAUCAUUAUUGCCUC